AUCUCUCCUCUCCUUUCCCUCCUUAAUCAUCUUAAUUUCACACCAUGGCUGAUCUUUUCACCACCAUCGAGACUCCUCUCGCCAAGUACGAACAGCCUCUGGGCUUGUUCAUCAACAACGAGUGGGUCAAGGGUGUCGAAGGCAAGACCUUCGAGACCAUCAACCCCACCAACGAGAAGCCAAUUGUUUCCGUUCACGAAGCUACGGAGAAGGAUGUCGACAUUGCCGUUGCGGCUGCCCGCAAGGCCUUCGAGGGCUCCUGGAGUCAAGUCACUCCUCACGACCGCGGCCGCUUCCUGACCAAGCUAGCUGACCUGUUCGAGCGCGAUGCUGACAUCCUGACCGCCAUCGAGGCCCUGGACAACGGCAAGUCGAUCUCCAUGGCCAAGGGGGAUAUUGGCGCCGCUGCCAAGUGCUUGCGCUACUAUGGUGGCUGGGCCGACAAGAUCCACGGUCAGACCAUUGACACAAACAACGAGACCUUCGCCUACACCCGCCACGAGCCCAUUGGUGUUUGCGGUCAGAUCAUCCCCUGGAACUUUCCUCUCCUCAUGUGGUCUUGGAAGAUCGGCCCCGCUCUGGCCACCGGUAACACCGUCGUCCUCAAGUCGGCAGAACAGACCCCCCUGUCUGCCCUCUAUGCCGCUAAGUUGGUACUUGAGGCGGGCAUCCCCGCUGGUGUCGUCAACGUCAUCUCCGGUUUCGGUCGUGUGGCCGGUGCCGCCAUUUCCAGCCACAUGGACAUUGACAAGGUUGCCUUCACUGGUUCUACCCUGGUUGGCCGCACCAUCAUGCAGGCCGCUGCCAAGAGUAACCUGAAGAAGGUGACUCUCGAGCUGGGUGGCAAGUCCCCCAACAUCGUCUUCAACGACGCUGACAUUGACAACGCCAUCACCUGGGCCAACUUCGGUAUCUUCUACAAUCACGGUCAGUGCUGCUGCGCCGGUUCCCGUCUCUUGGUCCAGGAGGGUAUCUACGACAAGUUCGUCGCCCGCCUGAAGGAGCGUAGCGCCCAGAACAAGGUCGGCAACCCCUUUGAGAAGGACACCUUCCAGGGUCCCCAGGUCUCCAAGCUUCAGUUCGAUCGCAUCAUGGAGUACAUCGACCACGGCAAGCAGGCCGGUGCUACCGUUGCCGUUGGUGGUGAGCGCCACGGCAAGGAGGGUUACUUCAUCCAGCCCACUGUCUUCACUGAUGUGACCGAGGACAUGAAGAUUGUCCAGGAGGAGAUCUUCGGUCCCGUCAUCACCGUUCAGAAGUUCAAGGACGUCGAGGAUGCCAUCAAGAUUGGCAACAACACUUCCUACGGUCUUGCCGCUGGUAUUCACACCAAGGAUAUCAACACCGCCCUCCGCGUGGCCAACCAGAUGCGUGCUGGUACCGUCUGGGUCAACAGCUACAACAUGCUUGACACUCAAGUGCCGUUUGGUGGUUUCAAGGAGUCCGGUAUUGGUCGCGAGCUUGGCUCGUACGCCCUGGAGAACUACACUCAGAUCAAGGCGGUGCACUUCCGCCUGACUGAUGCUCCUUUUGCUUAAGUGCAUGAGACUGUGGAGUGACUCGCUACGGUGACGGGUCAUUGAAGUUCUAAGCUUUGGUUGCACGUAGCCAUGACUGGUUCAUGUAAAACAAUUUC